AUGAGUUAUGAUCCUAUUCAUGACACCUAUACACCUUCUAAAUCUACCAUAGAACAUCAACAACAAUCACCACCUCAACCAGCACCAGUUCCUGCAUCCGUACCACCACCCCAAGUACAAAUUCAACAACCACAUCCAUUACCAGAAAUAACACACCACACUGGACCAUUGUCAAUUUCAAGUUUGGUAGAAAAUGUCCCACCAGUUCCACAAGUUAUCAUCCAUCAAAGUCCUCCUUCAGCUUCCUCAUAUCAACCUAAGAAAAUAACAUCCAUCUCCAGUCUCAUGAACAAUUCAGAACUGGAUGACACCUACAAUGACAAUGACGAUGAUGAAUAUGUCGAUGACACAGAUGUCAAUUCAUCAAUCAUGGGUGAAGAAGAUGAAGAGCUAUCCCAAUCUGCAACUUCCACCACCACCAUCACCACCAAACCAUCUUCCUCCUCAUCAACAUCUCGUCGUCGUAAGAAAUCCUCAUCAGCUUCAUCCAGUGGUGGGAUUUCUGCCACUGCAAAAGCGGCCCGUCAUUUGAAGAAAUCAGAUGGAGAACCAUUCUGGCGAAAAGAUAUCCAAUAUGAUUUCUUACUGGCUUUAUUCAAUGACCAAACCCCAUGUUUCACGAAUCCAUUCCCCAUUUGUGAGAUUCCUAAUGCCAAUAAUAAUCCCAAGAUUACAUUUGGAGAAUUGUAUUUACGUACCCUUGUCGAAUCGAAUAAAUGUUCCCGUGUGCUCAAAGAACGAUUAAUCAAAGAUAAAGAAUUAGGAAAAUCAGUGGCACAAGUAUGUUUAUUAGUGAAUGUUGGUAGAAUGAAUACUACGAUUAAUUUCGUGCCGGAGAUGAAAUCAAGCUUGAGAACAUAUCAUUCCAUACCAAGUUUACAAGUUGAUGAUGCUGAUGAUAUCGAGGGGAGACAGUUGCAGGAUACACCUAGGUUGAAAUCGAUGUUGAAGGCGGUUUGUGAGGGGGAGGAGAAUAAUUUGAAUUAUUUGAUUGAUAUGCUGACGAAUCCACCGAUUAAUAAACCGAAUACGAAUGUUGUUCAAUUGAUUUUCUUGUUGAGCAAUUCCAUAAAUGGGAUUGGGUAUUUGGGUGAGGAUGGUAAUGAAUCUAAUCAAUUGAUUGAUUUUUUUAUGAAUACGAAAGUGUUUCCAGAAAUUAGAGCAAAGAGAUUUUUAUGGUUGAUGUAUACUUAUUUAGAAACUAAUUUCACGGCUGCUGAGUUAGAAAAUAAUCCAUUUAGUGAAUAUGGAAAAGUCCCAGAAGUUAAACUCAUACCAGAAGAAUUACUUGAUAAAUUUGAUAAAGACACAGAAUAUGAAAUCAAAUAUGCAACCUUAAUGCAAGAAACCAGAACCAGUUAUCUAAACGAUGAAGACCAUCACACUAGACGACCCACAAAACAAUCCAAAAAACGAGACCUAGACGAUAUCGAAACAAGUGAAUCCGACCUGGAAGACCUCACUAAGCGGAAACCAUCAACAUCCCCUUCCGCUUCCAAAUCCAAAAAACGACUCAAGAGAAACAUCCCCAACGUUUCCUCCCCCCUCACCAAAACCGUCAUCUCCCAAUCCACAACCAUCACCUCCCCGUCCAAGGACGAAACCACCACCAGCACAAUCGGAGGCGAUUAUCUUCGUAAUCAAUCCACAAAAUUAACAUCCACACUCACACCCCUCCAAUUCCCCAUCCAAGACCUCUCAGCCCUCGUGCAAACCUACACCGCCACCCACCCUAGCUCAAAGAUCAAACCCAACGAAACUCAAUCCAUAAAACACCAUAUUCAGGUCUUGCAAACCACCCGCCCGAUGAUUAAACAGGUCAGAACGUCUUCGAAAGCCAGUACGGCCUCUUUCAACAAAAAGACCCAUAUUUUGGGAGCUUGGAUCUAUCGAUACUUCAAAUAUAAGAAAUCGAUGGGAAAUCGAUUGAUGGGGGUUGAAUGGGAGGAUAUUCGGUAUGAAUUGGUGAAUGGAGUUGAGAGGUAUUUGUAUACAAUGUAUGGGAAAUCACUUGGGAUAAAAAGUGAGGUUGGGGGUGGGAAUGAAGAUGAGGGGAUCAGUGAAGUUGGAGGUGAGGAUGGAGGAAGUGGGAGUGGUGGAGGGGAUGGAAGUGGAGGGGAGUUUGGGAUUGAAUAUUUGCCGAUGUAUGAUUUUAAUAAGGUGAAUGAAAAGAAUUGUUUUAUUUUGCAGUUGAUUACGUUUGUGAAUGAUUGGUUUGUUAGGAGGUUGCAUGAGAAGAUGGUUGUGAAUAGGAUGGUUAAGGAUGAUAGAAUUACGUUUCAUUUGGAAUAG